AUGUCAAGUGAAUGGCGUAGUGGAGGUCCAAAGAUAGUGCAUAUCGAAACACGGUACGUGGAGACCGACGCUCUCAACUUCAGAGACGUGGUUCAGCGCCUAACGGGGAAGAACUCAUCCAUGACUUGGGUUGGGAAUGAAAGCUCUUCCUUGGAAGCUGCAGGUUCAGAUAAUAAAGGAGAAACUGCACAAGGUGGUGGUUGUGCCAGAUCAGUGGUAGAUACCCCCGCUGAUGGUGUAAAUAAUAGUCUUGUAUCUUCCAUGGUUCUAAAGAACAUGAUCUCCUUUAAGGAUUUUGAUGCAUUGUUGUCCGAUUCUCCUUCUAUGGAGGAGCUUCUGUGUUGGUAG